AGCAGGAGGGCCUGACCAGUCUCUGAGAAAGAGGUUUAGGUAGACAGAGGCUGGAUGCUACGGCACCUCCACGAAUGCAUACAAGACUUCAGCUUUGGAGUUCAGGCAGUGGCUGAUCAACGUCUAGGGCAGGAAGCAAGAAAAGAGAGUGAAAGACAUUCAAGUGGUGCGAAGUGUGCGACGAAAAAGAAAAAAGUCAUGGCGUAUAAGUGGAUAUUCAGUGCUGUCUGUCUCCUGGCUGUCUGUACUACAGGAAAUCUCACAUCAGGAAAAGAUUUUAAAACGUCUCUGGAUGUUAACAAAACAACACCACACAGCCAAGCUUCUGCAGAACGAUAUCCUGAAGUUUUCAUGAGCGUUGAAAUGGGGACCAAUGUCACCUUACUAUGCACUGAAUCAAAGAUAGCGUGGAAAGAGAUGAUCUAUGUUAUCUGGAACAUUACCAUGCAAGGCAAGAGCUGUCGCAUCACUGCCGCUGUAAAUGACACAGAGUAUGACACAUGCCAGGAUGGAAAGACUCUGGAGCGUGGCCCACACGGAGAAUUCUACCUGACCAUCCCAAAAUUCUCCAUCAAAGAUGAAGGAAAUUACAACUGUGAUAUGUCCUACCGUGCAGGAGGCUACAAUACAAGAAUCUAUGUAUCUGCAUGGAACCAACCCAACUUGUCUAUCAGGCUCGAGCAGGACCACUCUGUCGCUGUCUGUGAAGCUGCAGCUGGAAGACCUGCAGCUUCAAUCCACUGGGAAACCACAUGGAACACCACCUUAAAAGACACAACAUCACAGAAGACAGAAAAUGGACUUUCCACAGUGAUGAGCCGGUUGCCCCUGCCUCAGAACAUCUCACUGAGAGACCUAUGGUGUGUGGUCGCUGUCAGCCACCCCAACGGGACAAAGAUUCAAAUACUCCCCUUGGCUGCCUUGGAGAAAAGUCCUGUUAAAUGGCCUUACAUUCUUUUGGCUGUUAGUGCCACAUGCUUCACUGUGGCUCUUCUGACUGUCUUUUACCUCAUGCGUGAAAGACUCUUACAGUUAAGCAUAUUUAGAAAGGUUUGCUGUGAACCCAAAAGAUCGGCACCAAUUGAAGAAAAACUCCCACAGCCUCAUGAUCCUGAAGAAGUGGAACCCUAUGCCAGUUAUGUGCAAAGAGUGAAUUCCAUUUACAACUCCUCUGCAGAGCUCUUCAAUGCUUGAAACACACAUACAAUGCACAUACAAAUCUGGACAAUUUAAUGAAACCUAUGACAGAGUCCCAUACAUUGCAUGCUGCAAUGAGGCAUAUAGCAGUUGCUGUGGGUAUGUGUGUAUACGCUAACACUUUUGGAAACAAAACCUAAUAAAACCCCUUUGAAGCAACAUCUUUUAACAGACAGACUCUAAUCAGAGAAAUGCAAAUGACAGUGAGUAAAAGCAAGAGGAGAAAUGGAAAGGAUUUGAGGGCUGUCUCUCAUGUUGAGAGUAGAAAAUGCAUGUUUGCAGCAUGGGAAGGUUCUGGGUGAAAGCUAUGCAAUUUGGACUCAAAUGUCCAGGCCUCUGUAGGUCCAGUUGUGUCCAGACGUCAGAAGAAUCCGUUCAAAGCACUAAGAAGGGUGUGAAGAUCACGGGAGAGUUUGUCACGCAGGUUUACUGUGCCAUAUGACUUGAUUUUAAAGCUGAGAACCACUGGGUAUUGGACUGAAAUGGCUAGUGGCUCAUAUGCAGUUUCUCCAAGCAAAUCAAAGAAUCACAAAGAUAUGAAAGUGUGGGACUUAUUGCUGCCUUUACUCAUGUGAGGUGUGUGCUACUCCAGUCAGUUACCAAGUGAAAUUAUAUAGAAUUUAGGCUGGGUUCUUUAACAUUGCUUUUGGAAUAGACAAUUACUGAAAUUUAAAAAAAAACUUUGAUUUAUGUUACUUUGCUUUAUGGUUUUUAAAAGUGUAGCAAAUUUUGGACAGAACUGAAAAUAUAUGUAAUUCCAAUAUAUAUUCCUUUAUUUAAAUUUCUGUUUUCAUAGGCUAAAUGGAUGGUUCUUAAUGGUGGUUAAUUAGUGAGUAAACGUCACAGUUUUUUUUUUUGAAGGUGUAAUUAAAUGACAUUAUUCCAUCUCCUUAUUUGCAUAAGUGGAACCCACGUGAUAGCCGUUCUCUUUUCCCCUUUGAAGGUGUCAUAUAUGCUGUUCUUUGAACAAUCUUAUACUGUAAAUAGGCAAGCUUCUGCUGAAAGAAUACACAAGAAAUAGCUAGACAAAAAAGAAUAAAGAGAAAAAAGCUCACAACAUUAUGCUGUUUCUGCUGCAGAAACUAUGGGGGAAAAAUCCAGACUCAAUGGAUUAACAAUAACCAAUUUUUAAAACAAGAUUUUGUUCAAUGUGAUAUAGUUUUAAUUUUAGCCAGUGUAUUUUUUUUUCUCGUAGAUUUGAUUACUUCUAAUUUACAUUUUUGCUGUGAAGACUCUCAUAGUAUGAACCUUUGCUAGGUGUAAGAUAAGACAUUGGAUAACACAGGGCUGUUGGUUAUUAGGGGUAACCCCAAUAAAAUUGACUGACAUUGCAGGACUGUAGUUUUUUAU